AUGACUGAGAAUUCUGGUGGUACCUUCCAGACACCGAUUCUGUCUGAAGAUAUGAGCGUUGUUUCUGAAAGUGUUGGCGAGCCCUACCAAGGUGUUGAAGCGAAGAUCCUCGAUAAAGACGGAAAUGUUGUUCCGAAGGGAACUAUUGGAGAGCUUGUUACAAAAGGAUACUUUCUUUUCAAUGGAUAUGUCAAUGAUGAUGAAAAAACCAAGGAAUCUUUCACCGAAGAUGGAUUCUUCAAGACUGGAGAUUUAGCCCUCCUCCGUGAGGAUGGAAUGCUCAAAAUCACUGGCCGUGAAAAGGAUUUGAUCAUCCGUGGAGGAGAAAAUAUUCAGCCGACGGAAAUCGAAGACUACAUCAAUGAAAUGCCAGCAGUCAAAGCAUCUUUUGUUAUUGGAGUUCCAUCAAAGCGUCUUGACGAGGAAGUUGCUGUCUAUAUUCAACUAAACGAAGGUGCUUCCAUCACAAUCGACGACGUGAAAGCCCACUGCAAAAACGGACUUGCCCGAUUCAAACACCCAAAAUACAUCAAAUUUGAAGAUACCUAUCCUCUGACGACGACUGGCAAAGUUCAAAAGUUCCUGCUUCAAAAACAAGCUCUCGAAGAUUUUCCUGAACUGAAAGACGAAAUUCAAGAAUAA